UUUUUUAUAGAGGUUUAAUGCGCGGUGCUCCAAUUUUGGAUAAUCGUUCUUUAUGUCGUCUUUGUUCUUUGCCUGAAAUUAUUUCUUAUGUUGAAACUUUUGAUUUAAAAUUUUACCAAAUUAUUUUGGAUUUUUUCUUUUCUAGUCCAUUACGAAUUCCUUUAGAAAGUGAUUUAUGUAAUAAUCUCCGAAAUUUUGGUAAAAGUAUUGAAUUUUGGAUGGAAAAUGCUUUGGGAGGAGGAAAUAAUUCAAAUUUAAAUUAUUUAAUUCCCCCAGCAUUUAAAAAAGCUAAAUUAGAAUGUAUUCGGUUAUUGGCUAAUUCUUUAACUCGUUUAUCUUCUUUUGUUCAUUUGGCUAUUACUGCUAGAAGUGUUUUACAAAAUAAAGAACAAGUUAAAAAAGUACACGAUGAUUUUAAUCGUGUUGAUUUUGGAGUUUUUCAUUGGCAAGCUGAUUGGUUAUGUUCUUCUAACUCUUCUUUAAAUAAAAAUUCAUUCCAAGAAUCAACAGAAUUAAAUGAAAGUUUUUGUAAUUGUAAUGUGUUGGCACGUGAAUUGGUUGGACAAUUUCGUGAACGUUUAUCUCGUCAUUGUUCAAUAGAAGAAUGGGCUGAUUGGCUAGAAUCAAUUGUUGAUAAAGCUUUGAAUUUUCCAAAAACAUUUGAAUAUUCCCCCCAACAAAUAGCUAGUAAAGGAAAACGAUUUUUGUUAGCUUGGACUUUGCAUUCUUCUCUGCUUUUAAAAGAAAUUACUUUACAUUCUUCAACUUCUUUUGGAGAAUUUCAUUUAGUUCGGCUUGUAUUUGAUGAUUAUUUACUUAUUAUUAUGGAAAGAAAAUUGGCAAAAAUUUUGGGGAAAUUGCCUAUUGAAUUAAUGGCACCUGAGUGGCUGCAAAUGGAAGCAAGUUUAUUCCAGACACAACAACAAAAUACAACACAAACAACAUUAAAACCAGAAAAAACUUCUCUAAACUUUUCUUCUUCUCCAAAUAAUCCUCCAAAUGUUUCAACAUCUUCUUCACUUGUCCAUUUAUUACCUUCUUCAACAACACAACAUUACCAGAAUUUCUAUUCAACAAAUAUACAACAACAACAAAAACAACAAACGAAUUCAACACAUUACCCAAUGGUCGAGAAACUUCCACUUCCCGGGCCUGAACCUCCCUUAGAUAUGUUAAAUGUAAAUGGUGAAGAGGAUGAUUAUCAACAAGAAACAACAACAAUUAAUUCAACUCCUUUAACUCCCCCACAAAUUCAAAAAGAAAUUCAAAAUAAAUAUAAAAAAAUAAUAAAUGAAACAGGAGGAACAUCAUCAACAACAACAAUUCAUUAUAUUUUAGUUGAAGAACAAAGAAGAGGAGAAGAAAUGUUGGGAUUAGAUGCAGAAAUGGAAGAAAUAGAGGAAGAUAAUUAUGAAAAAGAAGAAAAUGAAGAGGGCUUUGUUAUAAUUAAAAAACAAAGAAAAAUUCAAGAAAUUAAACAAAAUAAUGAUUUUAAUAACGAUAAUAUUUUGAAAAAAUAA